CGGUCCGGCGGCGGUGGGCGGUGGGGCCGGCGGGGCCGGCGGCGCGGCGCAAGAUGGCGGACCUGGAGGCGGUGUUGGCGGACGUGAGCUACCUGAUGGCCAUGGAGAAGAGCCGCGCCGCGCCCGCCGCCCGCGCCAGCAAGAGGAUCCUCCUGCCCGAGCCCAGCAUCCGCAGCGUCAUGCAGAAGUACCUGGAGGACCGGGGAGAGGUGACGUUCGACAAGAUCUUCACGCAGAAGAUCGGGUACCUGCUUUUCCGGGACUUCGCCUUUAACCAGGCAGAGGAGGCCAAACCCCUGAUGGAGUUUUAUGAGGAGAUCAAGAAGUACGAGAAGCUGGACUCUGAGGAGGAGCGAACCACGCGGAGCCGCCACAUCUUCGACCAUUACAUCAUGAAGGAGCUGCUGGCCUGCUCCCACCCCUUCUCCAAGAGUGCCACGGAGCAUGUCCAGAGCCGCCUGAGCAAGAAGCAGGUGCCCCCGGACCUCUUCCAGCCCUACAUUGAGGAGAUCUGCCAGAACCUGCGUGGGGGCAUCUUCCAGAAAUUCAUCGAGAGUGACAAGUUCACGCGGUUCUGCCAGUGGAAGAACGUGGAGCUGAACAUCCAUCUCACCAUGAACGACUUCAGCGUUCACCGAAUCAUCGGCCGCGGCGGUUUCGGGGAGGUCUACGGCUGCCGGAAAGCGGAUACGGGCAAAAUGUACGCCAUGAAGUGUUUGGACAAGAAACGCAUCAAGAUGAAGCAGGGCGAGACCCUGGCCCUCAACGAGCGCAUCAUGCUGUCCCUCGUCAGCACCGGGGUGAGGGGACACGGGCACCGGGCAGAGCUGGCACCCCGGUUACAGGCUGUGGCACGGGCGAGGGGAGAGGGACAAUGA